AUGGAAUCAAGUGCUGCAUGGCUUUCGUCAAAGAUUUCUAUGCCAGCCAUUUACAGUGCUCUAUCGGGGGCUGGUGCGCCAGCCAUCUUUACUAAGCAAACCAGCUUGAAGCAAGCAAAACUAUGGAGAGACGCUUCCGCCACAAAGGAUCCUAAGAUCGUUCGCGCUGUAGAAAAGUACAAAAAGAAGGGAUUCAAAUUCUCAGACGCUGGACGUUCCGGGAUCAAAAUCCGAUCUUUAAAUGACGAGGAUGCUCUGUUGAUCGAGUAUGGCAAGAUGUAUCGCCAAUUCAUAGCCCAAUACCGCUAUCCCAUGCUGAAUGAUAUGUUGAACGAGAGGCGUGAGAAUAUCGCUGGCAUUUCGUGGACAGAGUUUGACGGCCGUAUUGUUAGCUUUCAGAGUGUCUUGGGAAGUUUUUUUCGCACCAAAAAGGUCACUUUUGCGGGCUCAGAGCUACCCAUGUCGAGUCGCCGCCGCCUCGGCAAUAUGAAUGCAGCCAGUGUAAAAGCUCCUAGCAAGCUCAGAUCUGCGGAGUAUUGCAGCUCAGUGAAAGAGAGGGAGCGUAUGAUUGAGCUGAUGAAAGGGUGGGCAAUGCACGUUGUGGCAGCAUCUGGCACGACUAGGUGCUACUUGCAAGAUGCAACGUUGUGGGCAUGGACACUAUAG